UGUCUUAAAAUAACAAGAGCGAACAUUGCAAAAAAAACCUUAAUUUACUAAUUACUACUUCAACAUAAUUAUUGCAAUUGUUUAAACGGAGGAACUUAAUUUCUUUCAUAAUGUCUACAGCAAUGACAUUUGGGCAGAAACAGUUUAUACCUACACCUCCAGAUAAAGGAAGUUUUCCACUUGACCAUGAUGGUGUUUGUAAGAAAUCUAUGAUUAAAUAUAUGAAUUGUUUAUUCAGUAACAACAGCAACAAUUCUAUGUGUCGCCUCGAAGCGAGGGACUACCUAGCCUGCCGAAUGGAACACAAUCUAAUGGCCAAGGAGGAAUGGUCCAAAUUAGGUUUCAAGGAUGUUGAUUUAGAUAUAAGUGAAAAAAGAAAUAAGUAACAUUUUUUGUAUUCUUAGUUUGUGUAUAAAAUUUGUAAGCAUUUUUACCUUGUAAGCUGAAUUCUUUAUAUAAAUUAGAAUUAUAAAAUUAUCAUAUUUAAAUUAUGUAUGAAUUACUGCAAUUUAUUUCUGAAAAAUCCAGAUAUUUCAUCUCAUCUGCAAAUAUUUUAGAAGACACUAAUAUGAAUGAAAUAUUUUAUUUGACUUUAUACUAAGAACCUUGUCCAGUCUAGUCAGAUUCUUCUUGUUUUGUGACUGAUCUAUAAUUUACAGGAAUAAAUAUUGAUUUCAAAGUA